UUUCAGGGAACAAAAAAUUCACUAUUUCGAUUGCAAGCAUGGCCGCCGAAGCGAAGGAAGAAUUCCUCGAGUUUGAAACGGCCAUGCGAGACUUCUCCACAAUGUUCCCGUCAAUUUCACGAGAACAAAUUGAGCGAGUGUUAAGGGCAAACGAUGGCGACGUAGCAAAGACCAUCGAUGAUCUUCUUCUCAUUUCAUUAGAGGCAACACAAAUUUCUACGCCGACGUCAACAUCAUGUCGAAGUCAAAGCGCACCUUCUACCGCUAAAGCCGUGCAUUUCGAGUCAUCAUCUGCUCGUCGUUCGACAGAUGACGCAUCACCAUCAACUAGAGCUGCACCACUGAGAGUUUCUCGACUGAGCGCAGAAGAAGUUUCUCGAGAACGUGCGCGAAUAGAGAGGAUGAAGAAGGAGAACGAACGACGACUAGACGUCGUUUGUGAUGAAAAAGAAGCCAGGCUGCUGGAAGAUGAACAAUUGGCUCUACUAAUGCAGAAUAAGGAAUUUAUUCGCUGGCUCAGAAGAGAACAAUACCCGUGUUCGUCAUAUGCCACAUAUUCUGGUAGAUCGCACAACCAUAGAAAACGAACUUCGCACACAAAAGAUCACGGCAAGGGACCACGAGUACCAGAAGGACCCGUUGUUGACGAACUUAUCAUCAACGCAGAGCCCGAUCUCAAAGAUAGGCUAAAGAAUGUGAGCAAAGUCUCCAAGGAACGUCUGCUGCAGCUUGCCGCACGUUUUCGACGAAGUAAUGACGCUCAUCUCAAUGCUUUCUAAUUAUGUAUUUCACCCUAUUUUGAUGAAUGAUAUUUCAUAUCGAUAAAUUUUUUGACUUUCUCG